UAUUGACGUCAUGACGCCGCUUAGCUCCACCCUGCGUGCCGGGCCGCCGCAGUGGAGAGAGAGUGGGCGUGGCCUGUCCGUGACGUCAGUGGCUCUCACCUGCAUUGUGUUCAUCCCCGGGUUGGGGGAGCUGCGGAACCGGGGAUUCCGGGAACUGAUACUCGCUACAGGCCGGAGAAUGAUAAAGUAGCCAUGACUCCAUUUUUCCUUGGCUCCCUGGCCUCCAUGGGCACUACAGCCACUUCCUCUUGCACAGGAACCACUUGUAGCAAUGCCACCACCAGGGACUACUGCUACAGCGCCCGCAUCCGCAGCACCGUACUGCAGGGCCUACCGUUUGGGGGGGUGCCAACCGUACUGGCCCUAGACUUCAUGUGCUUUCUGGGUCUGCUGUUUCUCUUCUCCAUCCUGAGGAAAGUGGCCUGGGACUAUGGGAGACUGGCACUGGUCACUGAUGCAGACAGGCAGCGACGUCGGCCAUCGUUCCGGGAGGAGCAUGAAUAUGUGGCGUCGGCGCUGCAUUCAGAUAGCCAUGACCGCUACGAGCGUCUGACCUCCGUCUCCAGCUCAGUGGACUUUGAGCAAAGAGAUAAUGGGUUCUGCUCGUGGCUGACUGCAAUCUUCAGGAUCAAAGACGACGAGAUCCGGGAGAAAUGUGGCGCAGACGCGGUACAUUACCUGUCCUUCCAGCGCCACAUCAUAGGCCUGCUCGUGGUAGUGGGUGUUUUAUCUGUCGGCAUUGUGCUUCCCGUCAACUUCUCGGGAGACCUGCUUGAGAACAAUGCGUACAGCUUUGGAAGGACAACUAUUGCAAACUUGGACUCCAGAAAUAACCUGCUUUGGCUACACACCACCUUCGCUUUUCUGUACCUGUUGCUCACAGUUUACAGUAUGAGGCGACACACGUCCAAGAUGCGCUACAAGGAGGAUGACCUGGUUAAACGUACACUGUUUAUCAAUGGCGUUUCCAAAUACGCUGAACCUGAGAAAAUCAAGAAACAUUUUGAGGAGGCCUAUACCAACUGCACCGUUUUGGAAGCUCGGCCUUGUUACAAUGUUGCCAGACUCAUGUUCUUGGAUGCAGAAAGGAAAAAGGCAGAGCGUGGCCGGAUAUACUUUAAUCACCUGAAAAGCAAGGAAAACAGCACGUCUUUAAUUAACCCAAAGCCAUGUGGUCACCUGUGUUGCUGCGUGAUCAAAGGCUGUGAGCAGGUGGAUGCCAUAGAGUACUACACACAGCUGGAGCAACGUCUAAAGGAGGAUUACAAGAAGGAAAAGGAGAAAGUGAAUGAGAAGCCUUUGGGAAUGGCGUUCGUCACAUUUCACAAUGAGGCCAUCACAGCCAUGAUCCUGAAAGAUUUCAAUGCAUGUAAAUGUCACGGCUGCAGCUGCCGCGGGGAACCCAAGCACUCCUCCUGUAGUGACACUCUGCAUGUUCAUAACUGGACGGUCAGCUACGCCCCGGACCCGCAGAACAUCUAUUGGGAGAACCUUUCCACGCGUGGAUUCAUCUGGUGGAUCCGCUGUCUGAUUAUUAACGUCAUUCUCUUCCUCCUCCUCUUCUUCCUCACCACUCCGGCCAUAAUCAUAACCACGAUGGACAAAUUUAAUGUCACCAAGCCUGUAGAGUACCUGAAUAAUCCGAUUAUCACGCAGUUUUUCCCCACAUUGCUGCUAUGGGCGUUCUCCGCUCUGCUCCCAACCAUUGUCUAUUACUCCGCUUUCUUUGAGGCGCACUGGACCAGGUCUGGGGAGAACAGGACCACCAUGCACAAGUGUUACACCUUCCUCAUCUUCAUGGUCCUACUUCUGCCAUCCCUGGGACUGAGCAGUCUCGACCUAUUUUUCCGCUGGCUGUUUGACAAGAAGUUUUUGGCUGAGGCGAAAAUCCGUUUUGAGUGCGUGUUCCUGCCAGAUAAUGGCGCUUUCUUCGUGAAUUACGUCAUCGCCUCCGCCUUUAUCGGUAACGCCAUGGACUUGCUCCGAAUCCCUGGUCUACUGAUGUACAUGAUCCGGCUAUGCCUGGCACGUUCGGCCGCAGAGCGCAAAAAUGUCAAACGGCACCAGGCUUAUGAGUUUCAGUUUGGUGCAGCCUAUGCUUGGAUGAUGUGCAUCUUCACAGUGGUGAUGACCUACAGUAUAACAUGUCCCAUCAUUGUUCCGUUCGGUCUCAUGUACAUGCUACUCAAGCACCUGGUGGAUAGGUACAACCUAUACUACGCCUACCUGCCAGCCAAAUUGGACAAGAAGAUCCACUCUGCAGCUGUGAGCCAGGUGGUGGCUGCCCCCAUUCUCUGCCUCUUCUGGCUGCUUUUCUUCUCCACUGUGAGGAUAGGAUUCCUGGCUCCCACCUCCAUGUUCACCUUUGUGGUUCUGGUUAUCACUAUUGUUAUCUGCUUGUCCCAUGUCUGCUUUGGACACUUCAAAUACCUUAGUGCUCACAACUACAGGAUUGAUCACACAGAGGUCAUCGUCAAUGCUGUAGAUGGGACGCAGAAUGGUCGCCCACCGUCUAACGCAUCCCAGAAGUCAGCGAAAUACAUUGCAUUGGUUCUCCAAGACUCUCCAGUAGACAGCGAGCGGGCGGGAGACAGUGAGGACACAGAGGAGCCUGGAUCCCAGGAUGAGGAGAUGAUAAAUGCUGACAAUACGCAGGAUGCAGAGUUCCAGUCGUGUGAGGACAGUCUCAUUGAGAAUGAGAUCCACCAGUGACGAGGGCAUCCGUGGCUCCGUGGGGGAAGGGGAGACAAAACUGGUUCUGCACAUACAACACUUGAUCUUCUCUGACUUGCACCGGGGCUCCUGCCCUCUGGAUUAUGAGGCAAUAAGGCACCUGUCUCCCUGUAUUCUAGAAAGGGGAUGGUGAUAGCUGGUCCCAGUGUGUGCAGAUAGACUGCCCGUCUGCUGCUCUCUGUACAGUAUACAGACAUUGAAUUUAUGUUUGCACAGAAACUGCCUGCUGUCUAUAUGUUCCGUGUUAGGUGACCCCAUGCACUCCUGCUGUCCGCUCUGUUUUUUUGUGAUAUAGCUGAUGUGGAAAACUACUGCUGCUCUGGGAGGCUGGCACUGCAAAUGUGUGCAAGGGAGGCUGGUAUUGCACACGUCCACGAGGAAGACUGGCAUUGCGCAUAUUUGUGAGGGCGGCUGACGCUGCAUGUGUGUAAGGGAACUGUGAGUGCAUGUGGAAGGCUGGCACUUCACAUACGACAGAUAUAUGAAGCUUUAGCAGUGUAAUGUCCGGUUUAAAUGUGGACCUACAGUAGACUGAAAAUAUGCAGUUUUUACUGGUGCAGUGUGUACGUGUCAUGGUACAGUAAGGGCCAGUGGAGGAUGGUGCAGUGUGUACAUGUUGUGGUACAGUAAGGGCCAGUAGAAGGAGAAUGGUGUCAUGUGUACAUGUCAUGAUGGUGCAGUGUGUACAUGUCAUGGGCCUGUGGGCAAGGAUGGUGCAGUGUGGACAUGUCAUCAUACAGUAAUGGCCAGUGGCGGAGGAUGGUGCAGUGUGUACAUGACAUGGUACAGUAAGGGCCAGUGUGGGAGGAUAGUGUCAUGUGUACAUGUUACAGUGUAUUAGGGGUGGGUCUGUUGGGAAGGAGGGUGCAAUGUGCACAUGUCACAGGACAGUAGGGGAAUGUGAGGGUGCAUGGUGUAUUGUGUACAUGUCACACAGCAGACGGGUUCUGUGGGAGAGGAUGGUGCAGUGUGUACAUGUCACAGGACAGUAACAGCCUGUGUGGAAGUAUGGUGUAUGUGUCACAUUGCAGUAAGGGGGUCUUUGUAGGAGGAUGGUGCAGUGUGUACAUGUCACAGGACAGUAACAGCCUGUGUGGAAGUAUGGUGUAUGUGUCACAUUGCAGUAAGGGGGUCUUUGUAGGAGGAUGGUGCAGUGUGUUUGUGUCCCGGUCCAGUGCUGUAUGAAGGAGUGUACACUUGUUUGUGCAUUAGUUUGGCUGCGGAGUGUGUGUUACCAGUAGGAUGUGUGAGCUGAGUGUGCAGCUGGUCCUGCCUCAGUAUUUGUUCCACUAUACCCCCAUACUUAAUGCUAUGCCAGCCUCCACGGAAGAAAAGAGCCCCCCACCCCUUCCCAGAUGGAGAACUUCAAAUGCCACACUGCACAUAACCUAGAACUGGAACUGCUCUCACCAGGAACGCACUUGUCCUUUUGGGAAUCACGUCAUCUAUCCCCCAGAAUCCUGCUGUGGGAGAUUGCACCUUGGGGCGUAUCUGGAAGCGCUCUGCCUGUCUUCUGCUUUUCCCCCUGGAUUUGGGGUAUAACUUUGAUAAAUUCUGCAGAUUAUGCUACAAGGACGUAAGAGGAGGGUCUUGCGCACUUGCUGUGUACUGAGCUUUGCCAGACGUUUCUGAGGCGGAGCCAGGACUUAUAUAGCUCAUAGUUAAUAUAUUUGUCACUCGAACAUGGCGCAUUCCCGGGCUCAUCCUCUCCAGCCACUUUGUCAUCUGUCAUUCCGACACUAAAUCAUUUCACUACGGCCAACCCUGUUGUAUGUAACUGAAACCUGCCCUGCUGUGUGUGACGCAGCCUUACCUGCUGUAUUCCUACACUAAUGUGUAUGUGUAUUAUGGUGAGGUUCUGCACUGUUAUUAAAUAUCCCAUUGGUUUCUUUU